UCUCUCCGCAGGUGUCCGCCUGUCUAAUCCAUCGCACCGGCUGAGCAGCCUGCCCAGCAGCAGCACUUCCCCCUCCCUUCUCCUCACGUGACCCUGCUCUCCUGACAGCUCCCCCUGCGCGUCCCCGCCGCUCGCUCCCGCCUCCCUCUUGCUCCUCCAGCUCUGCGGACCAAGCCGACACCGACACCGGCCAGCACCACCAGGACAGCAGCGGCCAGGUUGACCUUGCUCCAGGAUGUCUGAUCACUACCAUGACUACAACGCAGUGGGGGACCAUGCUGACAGGUCCCCUCACGAGGCCAACCUUGGAGGGUCUGCCAUAGACAAUGCUGCCUAUGGCCAGGAGGGUGUCAUCCGGCUGCCAUCUGCAUUACAACACGGAGAUGACGGGGCCACAGAGCUAGAGGAGGAUCUAGCCAAUGGAGAAGCACUAAAAGAUCAGGGUCACACAGAGACCCCUGAGGCAUCCCCCGCAGAGGAAGCUGGUGUUGGUGACACCCCCAGCCAAGAGGACCAGGCUGCAGGGGAUUCAGCAAAAGAGAUUAAACCCCUUCCAGGCGAGAUGGAGGCAGAGGAGCCUUGUAGCAACACUCCAGAAACAGAAUCACAACAGGAAGUGACAGAUCUUUCGGAAACUUCAGAUGGGACCCAGAAGUAUACACACCCAACAGACUUCUGUGUCGUUACUGGAGACACAUAUGAAGAUAUUAGUUCAGGGUGGACUGCCGUAAGUAACGAGGUUACCGAAAAUUCAGAAAGGCAAGAAAGACUGCCAUUCGUUCCCUUGGAUAAGUCGUGCAAAGAGUACGAUCAAGAUGGUUAUGAAGGCAACCACAUCUCAUUGGAGGAGCGCAGUGAUGGAGGAGAGUUGGACCGUGAUGCUGUAUCUCCUCGGUGCAUUGGGAAAGAGUUGCCUCGUGGUCUAGAGCCUGAGACAAAUGGUCUGGUGGCUGAAAGCUUUACAACAGUGGAUGCCAACCAACUGCUUAAAGGUUCUGUUUUCACUGAGCUGAAUGAUAAACAGGAGGAUGGGAUAGAGAAGCCAUAUGUUGACUUAGCAGCUGGUACUUUCUCUGCAGAAGACCAGUUAGUGCUCCCUCGCCCACGGCCCUCUGUGUCUGUUUACCAAGUGGAGAUUGAUGCCAACAGAACCAUAGAGGGGGAGAACAAAAUAGAACCAUGUUCAGCUGCAGGCACACCUAGUGAGGAAAUCCCAGGAUUGCCUUCUCCAGUGACCAGUGAGACUGUGGUGGCCCCCCGAAAACGAAUAUCUCCACAUGGAUCUGGAAUACCGGUCAGCCGCGUUCCUGUUCUUAAAGCUCACGAACAAGAAAAACACGAAAUCGAUUCCCAGGAAAAAUCAGGACAGACAUCCUCAACUCCAUCCCUUCCCAAACACUCUUCAACCCGAAGCUCCACCAUCCCCAAACGAUCCCCUUCCACUAGCACAACCACCCAGAAAAAACCUUCUAGCCCCACAGUCCCUCCCACGAGGAGCCUCACACAGAGGGCAUCCCCAGCCUCGUACCGCCCGCUGAGCACCCCUUCACGGGUAAAGGAUGGGGUUGAGAGUGCAGGGGGUAAGCCGGCUCCCAAAGGACCCACCAACACAUCCAGAAUCCCUUCAAAGACACCCACAGCAGUCCCCAAGACUCCCCCUGGCGGUGUGAGAAGAGAUCAGAAAAAGGUGCCACCCAGCGUGGGAAAAGGUGAGAGAGCGGAAUCCCCAAAAUCUGGUGAUCGAAGCGGAUACAGCAGCCCUGGGUCUCCCAGCACUCCCACAAGUCGCUCCCGCACACCUUCACAGGUGGCAUCCAACCGGGAACCCAAAAAGGUGGCCAUUGUGCGUACUCCCCCCAAAUCUCCCGCCUCUGCCAAAAGCCGUCUUCAGCCGGUCCCCGGCCCAGUGCCAAUACCCGAUCUGAAGAACAUCAGAUCUAAGAUCGGCUCUACGGACAACAUCCGGCACACGCCAGGAGGAGGCAAGGUGCAGAUUGUCCACAAGAAAGUGGAUGUCGGUAGUAUUCAGUCCAAGUGUGGAUCCAAGGACAACCUGAAGCAUGUCCCUGGGGGAGGAGCAGUGCAGAUCACACACAAACCAAUCAGUCUCACACACGUGACAUCCAAGUGCGGCUCUAUGGGCAAUAUCCACCACAAGCCAGGUGGAGGCAACAUCGAGCUGAAAUCGGAGAAGCUGGAUUUUAAGGAGAGGAUCCAGUCUAAGAUCGGCUCAAUGGACAAUAUUACUCAUGUGCCCGGGGGAGGACACAAAAAGAUUGAGUCCCACAAACUGAAUUUCCGGGAGAACGCAAAAGCCAAGACGGACCACGGCGCAGAGAUCGUGUACAAGUCUCCCAACCCAUCCGGGGAAACCUCCCCUCGCCGUCUCAGCAACGUCUCCUCUUCCGGCAGCAUAAACAUGUCCGACUCCCCGCAACUGUCCACGCUGGCCGACCAAGUCUCCGCUUCCCUGGCCAAACAAGGCUUGUGAUGUGUCCCUUCCCCAGCAGAAGAAGACCAUCUCCACCCCACUUACUAGUAGCAGAGGGGAGAAAACUCAUAGGUGUAUAUUCUUUUCAUUGCUCCGGAGGCAAAGAAGCUAUUCAAUAAUGUUUAUGUAUAUUUUGCUUUGCGUUAUUAAAG